AUGGAGACCCCUUUCAUCAUCUGCCUCCUUGCUCUGUUCAUAGCUAGGGGAGUGUCUCUAGAAUGUCCCACUUGCAACACCACUGGGAAGGCUUGCCAGGGACUUAUGAAGGCCUGUGACCCUGAAUAUGACAAGUGUGGCAUCAUCCAGACAGUGAAGAUCAUUGCAUCCAACCAGAGCAACCACAUUGAGAAGAAGUGCAUCCGAUCUUCCCUGUGCAACAAGGGAAUCAGUGUCUUAGAUAUGGGCAAGGGAGGAACCAUCAUAAGCAACAUUUCCUGCUGUGUGGGAGCUGAUUGCCAGAAGAACCCUUCCUCCUGGCCCACCAGAAACACGUCUUCGGCCAGUGAAAAGAAGACCUGCCCAGCCUGCUUCUCUCAGGGGACUGAAUGCAAGGAAGAGACCAUCGACUGUGCUAAAGCGGGCGAGGUCUAUUGCGCCGAGGUGUUUCAGCAGACAACAGAGGAAGAUGGAAAAAUAAAGACCACCAUGAAGGGCUGUGCCAACAAGGAUUUCUGUGAGACUAUGGAGAUGUUCUCCACUGGUGCGACGACUUUACUGACAGACAGCCAAUGCAAGCUUGCCACUGGGGCAGCCAGCACCAUUUCGGGAGAUGCCACCCGAUCCUCCCACCCAGCAGCUGCCGAGCACGAUUCUCCUCCACCGCCAGGAAACAAGCCAGUUUCUGCCAAAUUUUGA